UUGUUCUGCUCUGUGGGAAAAUGGCCAGCUUAGUAAAAGCUGUUACGAUCUUGUCGGCUGUCCUGGCCGUGGGAGUUUCGUGUCCAAAUGGAAACAACCCAGAUGUUAUUGAUAAAGUUGUGAUUGGGGUGAGAGGGGUAAAUAACACUAAGGACUGCCUAUUAGAUGCUCCUUUGACUCGAGUGAUUUCAAAUUUGCAUAAUCAUUCUUUGGGAUGUCCUGAUCAUGAAUGGGGAUGUAUAGUUAACUACAAGUUUGGAAGCAGAGUCCCCAACGAUUAUUUGCUAGCACGUUCUGAAAUCUGUAAAAAGGUUAAGGAUCGCCAGGACAUUUACGUGAAUGUAAUUUACCCGCAAGCAGGAUGUGGAAAAACUGUUUCGUAUGUUGAGAUUAAUGCCGUACAGGGUCGGAAGAGUGGACAUGCUAAAAUAGUGGAAGGAGGCAUUGGUAAACGUUAUAUUAAAAUUGAAGUUCUGGCGGAACAGACAAAAUAUUUUAAACUUGAGGCAGCCAUUUAUGGCAAAUAAUCGUUGUGACUCGUAAUUGUAAGACAAGGUAUAAUAUCUGAAAAUGAAACAAAUUUCACAAACUGCAGCGGUCAUGUGAAUUUAUGAAAUGAAAUU